AUGGCGCUGAACAUCACCCACCUCCCGCCGGAGAUUCUUCACGCCAUUUUUUCCCAUGUCGAGCCUCGCGAUCUCGGCUGGCUGCCUCUAACCUGCAGACACUUCAACAAUUUCAUCAAAGGGAACAACCCCCUAUGCCGAGCCAUAUAUUUAAAUGUCUUAGACGAACCACCAAGCCUAGACCUGGACUUUAAGCGCGAGCUCCAUGAUCUCGUCAGAUUGGAAAAUCUCUGUGCUUCUACCAAAGACACAUCCAACGCAGAAAUCCAAUCCCACCUCCCAUUCGUCUACCACACCGUGACACGCCUCCUGUCAAAUGCCGCCAAGAUGCCCGCACCCCUCACCACUUCCAAGACCGUCACCGUGGACGACAACAACGUCGAAGACGAGAACGGCUCACGCGAGGUCACCCGAGUUUAUCUCCAGCCAUCCACCGUCUCUCGCAAGUCCCGCGCCCGCACCUACGUCGACUCGGUCAUCGCCACGACACUGGGGGACUGUUUCGACCAUCCCAGCUCCCGCCGUAACUUCUUGACUCGUUCGUUUCUGUAUGAACGCGCCCGCGCGUUAAAAGUGCCUGGCACCAGCGAUGAAGAACACCAGCUGGACAAGUACGGGGAAGUAUCCGGGGACGAGACCGACACGGGAUCCGACGUGCAGGUUGACGACGACGAAGGCGAAAGGGCGGCGGGUAGGAGCAGCACGGGAGAGGGGAGCGGUGCCAGGGCGGAGGGUAGGAGGCCGAGAAGGACAAACACGCGCUUUGGGUGGCGGACCCCAAGGCGGCCGAGGGAGGCGUACCAGAUGAGUGCGAAACUGCAUUGUUUGUACGGCUGGGAGCUGGAGUUGAAUAAUGAUGGGUUGGUUCCGGGUGUGUCGGACUCGGAUAAUCGGAGGCGGGCGAUGCUAUGGAUGCGGCAGAGAAGGGGGAUUUACUCGCUCGCGUGUGCGAAGGUGUAUGAUUUGCGCGAAUACACUGCGGGCACGAAAUGGGGGCCGUUUAUGGAGGAAAAGGAUGGGGAAGAAGGGGUGAGGGUGGAUUGGGAGAAGGUGGAGGCGAUCAUGCUGGUGUUGGGGACCAACAUUCGCAACAAAGGUCUGGAGCGGUUUGAGAUAUUCUCGCAUUUUUGGGGGCGGCCGUUCGCUGGCACUUGGAACGGGAGUUACAUCCCCUGGACGAAGGAUAGGGAACAGGGGAAAGAAAUCGAAGUCACGGACCUGGACCAAAGGGAUCCAUACGGGGUUACGGGAAGCUGGCUACGCGUUGUGAGCUUCUUAGACUUCAGCGAUUUCUUCCACUUCAACUUCCCCGUCGGCGACCGCGCACCCCGCGACGUGCCGCGGGCACCGCUCGACGCCGGGCAAGCCACCCGGCUCAUCCUGAUGCGGAUCCGCGUGUCCAAAGUCGAGCCACCGGGGCCCGGCGACCACCCGGACCACCCGGUGACAUAUUUCACGGGAUUUUCGCGCGCGUUGGACGGCACGUGGGAUGAUAACGCGGAUGCUACCAUCCGUGGCACGGUGCGUAUGACGCCGGAGGGUGAGGUCCGCUGGACGUCGUACUCGGUGUUUUUGGGCGAGGAGAGGUGGAAGAGUGAGGGUGUGCAGGUGGGGGGGAUUAAGUCGGCUAGGGGGGUUGUGGGGACGUGGUUUGACAAGGACUUCAACGCCCAAGGUCCUUGCGGCCCGACGGCAUCAUGGAAAAUUUCGGACCGCGACAACACUGCUGACAAGCCUCUGGUGUUAUUGGAGGAUCUCUUUCCACUCAUAGCCGAUGACAUAGAUGAAGAGAUGGACGCUGAAGACGACGACUCAGCAGAUGAGGUGAACCUCCAGGACCUAGCGCCGUUUGGCCCAGACUGGACUGAAUUUGAGCUUGAAGACGAGCUGGAUGGGCUGUACUACUUUGACGACGAGGAUAUUUUUGACGUGGAGGAUGUGGUGGCGGAGUUGACGGGGUUGAGCGAGGGGUUUAUGAAUGGUGAGGGUGGGGGGGAUGCUGAUGAGGAUGAGGAUGAGGAUGAGGUGGAUGAGGUGGAUGAGGAUGGGGAAGAUGAUUUGGAUAUGGAUGAUAUGGAUGAUGGUGAGGUUCUUCAUCCCCAGCUUGAGGUGUUGGCCGCGCUGACCAUGGCGAGUCAGGUGAUUAUGAGCCUUGAGGGCUAUGACAUCGAGGAGGAGGAGGGGGGUGGGGAGGAUGAGAUGGAUGUGGACUAUGAUGAUGAUGAGGAGGAGGAGGACAAUACCGGGUUUGGUGGGAACGGUGACGGGUCGUUUUUGGCGAGUUUGCUGUACGAUUACUAG